GGCUGGGCACGGGUGAAGAGAGACAGGCACAUGCGUCUUGGUGCACACCGAGAGCCAGGAGAGCAGGAGAACACUCUCUGCCCAGUAGCCACUUUGGCAAGAAGAUGACAGACCCCCAGGGGUGUGCUGGCCAGAGGAAGCCCAGCCUGUCCUUUUCCAUAGAGGAGAUCUUAAAGAAACCUUCUGCCAGCACUGCCCUAAGUAGGGAAACCAGGAACAGAAGUAGCUACGCAGAGAGACCACCAUCCCUAAAAGCAGUGUCACCACUGGCCUUUGAUUCCAGCAGCAGGAGUCAGUUAGGCUGUGACUUAUAUUCAGCCAAAAUGCUUCUCCCUGCCAUGUGUACUACACCCAUAGCCAGGGCAAAGAACAUGCAGGCAGCUUAUUGCAGAAGACCUACUGACAGCCCAGCUUCCCUCCUGGGCGAGGAUGCACGACAUCAACACCUGAAAGGCAAAAGAAAACACGAGGAAGAGGAAGAUCAGAUAUGUGAUUUUCCAGUGGGCCAUCCACUUCAUGUUGAGAGAAAAGGGAAGCGGAGAAUCCGGACAACAUUCACAGCCGAGCAGCUCCAGGAACUGGAGAAGAUUUUCCAAGUGACUCACUACCCAGAUGUCCAUAUUCGCAAUCAACUGGCAGCAAAGAUAAACCUCCCAGAAGCCAGAGUUCAGAUCUGGUUCCAGAACCAGCGAGCCAAGUGGAGGAAGCAUGAAAAAUUUGGCAAUUUUGGUGGCCUUCAGCAUCUGACAGAAGUUGAUUUCAUCCCUGCUCCCAAGUCGUAUAUCACAGCUCCAAGCUUGAUGCCAAGAAAGCUCGCUGCUACCAUCCCUGCUGCGGGGUACUACUCACAGCUGCAAGGGCAGCUGACCACUGCCUGGCUGCCCAGCACUCUCUCCUUCGUCCCCCACCACUUGGAGCUGCUGCCCUUCCCAAAACCAUACUUGCUCUUCAAUGUCCUCCCCACUUAUGGUGUGCCACUACCCCACAAGUUGGAAAGGAGCAGUAUCUGCACCAGUUCCACAUAGAGAAGAAUGCGGGGGAGCAGGGGAAGUCUGGGGCAUGUUUUUCUCACCCAUGACUAAUUUGGGAGUGUGCAGUUCAUUUCCUUGAACAAGACUCCUGGGACAAUGGGUGGCCUGUGGUGCAAAGUCAGCUUGCUGCAGAAGUGCCGCCAUGAGUAACCGCAGCCUAGCAAGCAUGGGGAAGAGCCACCAUGGACCAGGAAGGAAUUCCCCAUCUGCUAGAGGAGCAGCAUGCUCUGCAGAAACCCAGCCACUCAACUGAUAGCCUCUUCCUGGGGGAAUGGUGCAUGGAGCAGCCCUGCAAAAGAACUGGGGUUUUACUCAGCCCUGAGACAGUGCUGGAUGACCCUGUUCCAUUGGUGGAUUGAAGCAGGCAAGAUGCCUGCCAAGGUGUUCAUAGCCCCACGGUCCAGCCAAAGGGGCUUUUCUCCUCAGGUUUAUGUUGCUUUCCUCAUAUAUGCUGGUCCUCAUGCGCUGGGGAGAGCAAAGAACAUGCUUAGGUCAAAAAUCAGACUUUGAAGAUACAUUUUUUUUCCCAAAAUUGUCAAUGCAGGAGGGGGGUGGGCUUGAUUUGCUGUGUUUGUGACUUGAAUAAAGGGACACGAACACAAUUUGAGCUGAAAUACAAUAGUCUGAGAGGUAUAGCAGUGCUGAGCUCUGGAUUUGGUAGUCUCUGGGGGCAAUAGAAUUUUUCAGCUGGUUAAUUAAAAUGCUUAUUAGGAAGCCUCUCAUUUUUGACCCAAAUUAAGAAAGCUCCAAAACUCUCUCAGAAACAAUAAUGAAAAGAGACAGUCUUAAUCUGCUAGACAUAAUAGGAUGGUUUGACCCCACAGUUCGGUUUAAUUGUAGAUCAAUAAUGAGAUCAGCCUGCCCACUUACAAGAUGACUCUAUGGGUUAUUAUUUAUAUAAUAUUAAUCUCCUUCCAACAUAUGGCGCUCUUUUUCCCCCUGCUUAUUCAGAGUCCAAUCCUACUUCCACUAAUGUCUGCACUGACUUUCAUGAGAAGCACUGUUGGAAAGCACUGUUGAAAGGGUUGAACAAUCUUUUGUCUUGCAGUCACAGCACAUACUGCACACUGACAGGGCAAGCUACUGAGCAAAGCCAUUAAAAUGUAGUCUCCCUCCCAGACAUACCACUUGUAAGGGUGGCCAUUCGUGACAGAGUCCAAAAGCAAUGCAAAUUGUGACCCAAAGGCUUGCUGGGAAGGCUGCCCUGUGCACAUGGGAGUGCAGGUAGGUUAAUGACUCUGAAUAGGUUGCUUACUUAAGAAAUCCUCCAGCCAGACUGCAGCUGCCAGGUCUUCAGCCUCCUUCUAGCUGCUAAUUGUUAGUUACAUAGUGGAUCACACUGAGUCAAUAGCUUUCCUGUCUGGCUGGUACCAGCUUUCCAUGUACUUCAGGUUUGAGAGUCUUGUAUGCUAGGCAGUAGGUGACUGUUGCAGGGAAAAGAAAGGAUAAAUCCUACCCCAUAUGGGUUCAUUUCUCCAGGCCACAACUAUUCAGCAGAAGUCAGAUAUACUGUGUCCCUCCUCUUAUAGGUAUUAAACAGGACUUUUCCCACCCCUGCUUGGAUCUCUAUAGGGUCAUCCCUAUCAUUUUAUGUCAUCUGAAGGGCAGUCCAGUUAGAUACAGGACUAAACUUCAGCUCCAACAAAGGGAUUUAAGCACCUAACUGAUUAAAGUCAACGGGGAUUAUCAAUGGUACUCAUCUCAUACAACUUUAGGUGACUGCACUGCAGCUACAGACACCUGGAUUAAGAAUCCUGGGCUCACUUUAAAGAAGUAAAAGCAUUCAUGGUAAGGUUUCUGGGUUAGAUGAAGUCUGUGCAUUCGUGCAGUUUCCAGGGAGUGAAUUGUCCCUGUGCAAUGAUUAGCUUGAAUAUAAACACUGGCAUUGUAAUCAUCUAAUGCUAAGGGGCCGUGAUUCUUAGCCCAAGUAGACCAGGGCUGCAAGCCAGCACCCACAUGGGGACAGCUUAUCAUCCUGUGGGAGUAUUU